AUGGGGAAAGGUGAGCAGCAGCCGGGUGAGGACUUUUAACUCGUCGUCGUUGUCGAAGGUUGACUAGACAGGAACGCACCCGGCGCGCCGAAGGAAGCAAGAUGGAGAGUAUGGAUGACGGCGUCCUCCGCUGCCGAGCAGCCCCUCAGAUUCCCACCUUCCCUGAUUCUGAUGGGUCUUUGAAUGAUGAAUGUAAUCAGAGACACCAGCAGCAAGGCAAUGGAGGCACCCAAGUUACCAGCAAUAGAACAUUUGAAGUGGAACAGGUGAUCAGCAGAAAGCUACAACUGAAAAGAAAAGCAGAGUACCUGAAGAGUGACCUGAUGCACCAGUUUGACUGCCAGGUCAAUGACUUCGUGGACAGUCUGAUCGAGGAGUCGGCCGUCCUGGAGCCGGCGCCUGUGCCAGACGUCUUCUCACCGCCGCUGACGGAGAAGGAGAGAAGCAAACUCGGGAAUUUCCGGCCUCCUCAUGGCCAGGGCAAGCAGUUUGUCAGUCGCAGGUCCCUCUUGGAUGAGCUUUUUGAGGUGAACCACAUCCGGACUAUCUACCACAUGUUUAUAGCCCUGCUCAUUCUCUUCAUCCUUAGCACACUGGUGGUCGAUAUGAUUGAGGAAGGCAGACUGGUGCUGCACUUUGACCUGCUGGUCUAUGCGUUUGGACAGUUCCCCCUGGUGGUUUGCACGUGGAUCUGCAUGUUCCUGUCCGUGGUGCUGGUCCCUUACUCGCUGUUCUACCUGUGGGCACAGACCCAGUCUGGGUCUUACACUCACCCCAGGUGGUGCAGUUUGCUGUUUGGCUGUGUAUUCCUGCUCUACCAAACUGUGGGUGUGGGAUUCCUGCCUACAUAUGUGGUGGUGAUCAACAGUUUCCCGCCUGCUUCGUGCUUCAUCGUCAUCCUGGAACAGGUGCGUCUAUUGAUGAAAUCUCACUCCUUUGUCCGGGAGAAUGUACCAAGAGUCCUGACCUGGGUUAAAGAAAAGAACAGCCCGAGCCCAGUGAUCCCUCAGGUCUCUCAGUAUCUCUACUUUCUGUUUGCACCUACGCUCAUCUACAGAGACAAGUACCCCAGGAGCCCAGUGAUCAGAUGGAGCUACGUAGCCACAAAGUUACUUCAGGUCCUAGGCUGUAUGUGUUAUGCCUAUUACGUGUUUGUGCGGCUGUGCAUCCCUCAGUUUCGCAGCAUCAGUCUGCAGCUGUUUGACCUGAGGGCCAUGGUCCUCUGUGUCUUUAACUCUAUCUUGCCAGGAGUGUUGAUUCUCUUCCUGGGAUUCUUUGCCUUCCUCCACUGUUGGCUUAAUGCUUUUGGUGAGAUGCUCCGAUUUGCAGACCGGAUGUUUUAUAAGGAUUGGUGGAACUCUACCUCUUUUGCUAAUUACUAUCGGACUUGGAAUGUAGUGGUCCAUGACUGGCUGUACUACUAUGUGUACCUGGACUUCCUGUGGUUGUCUCAGAGGCGUUUCAGAGUAGUCGCCAUGCUGUUUGUGUUUACCGUGUCUGCCGUGGUCCACGAGUACAUCCUUGCAAUCUGCUUUGGUUUCUUCUAUCCCGUCCUCUUCUGCCUCUUCAUGUGCUUUGGAAUAAUGUUCAACUUCAUUCUGCAUGACCAAAGGAAAGGCCCCAUCUGGAAUGUAAUCAUGUGGACGGCCCUCUUCCUGGGCCAGGGGGUCAUCAUCUGUCUGUACUCCCAGGAGUGGUAUGCCCAGCGCUACUGCCCCCUGAAGGAGCCUUCAUUCCUUGAGUUGGUGACGCCUCGCUCUUGGAGCUGUCAGAGGCCUGACGGAGGACUCUGAUCGGCUGAGAUCUACGUUUGGACGACUGCUGACUAUCAUCACUCAUCUGAAUACAUCUGACCAACCUUUCUGUUACUGACAUGUUUUCUGAUCUUUCUAUAUAUAUUUUUUAUUUCAGUGCCAAAAUGUUCUUUACUCUGUCACAGUAAUGCCUUACGGGCUUGUUUUAUGUUUUCAAAGACAAACUCUACACAACUACAAGUUCACAUAACAUCCCACGUGAACUCUUAUAUUGUUCAGAUGUACUCUGAUUAUUUUUGCAUUGAUCAACUGUGAAACCUUGUGCCAACAUAAUAGUGGCACAUAUGACAUGGCAGCGAAAUACAAACACUUUACAAGCAUCAUUAACAUAUGCAAUAAUGGUUAAUAAUACAAUUUCAGAAUGUUUGGAAAGCCUUUCAAUGUUAUAUACUUUCACUGCCAAUAAGAUUUAUUUUGUGAAAAAUGGCCGAUGUUUUCUAUGAAUAUAUAUUAACAACUGUGGCCUCUGUGUUAUCUCUUCAAUAUUGCAGUUAAUUUCUCUGAAGAGAAAUGUGUGACUUUUGACACAUCGACGGAUUAUUUCAUAGUGAAUCUGAAACCAUGAUUAAAAGAUCCAGAUGGUUAUCAUCAGAAAACAUGUUUUUACAAACUGUAGAUAACUGCUGUAUGGAGUCUGACUUCUGAAUGUAAUCUUGGGGUUUUCAUCUGAACUAGUUUGAACACUCAUCGAGCAUCAUGGAUAGAGUGUUUGCUGUGAACCUAAGUUAUUGGACAAAUGUUAUGUGAAGGUGAAAUAACUACAGAAUAACCGAAUAUAAAUGUUGCAGCUGGCUGCUAGAUAAGUUAUAAGUUUGAAAUAGUAAUACUUGAUUAGGGCUGCAGGUUGCUUUGUUGGAUACUGAGUACAUGAAAUAACAGUGUUUAUUCAGUGUGUUUGAAUCAAACAUUUACAGAAUGGUAAUCUCCAUUUCAAACUCAUGGAGGAAGGAAUGUAUAGGCUCACUGUGCUUUUGUUUCCUGUGGUCUUGAAACUGCUUGUUUACACAUUAGUAUUAUGUUGAGGAAAUCACAAAGUUAAUGUUGCCAAUCCUGAUAUAUUUUGAAAUGCAGGGUGACCGUAUUUAUACUUGUGAAUACUGAGAUGCACAAUAUGAGGUUAAAAUCACUCAUGGAAAACUCGGCACUUCCUGACCACAAGGUGUCACUGUAUUCAAGCCUUUGCUUUGGAUUCUUUCUCUGCUCAAUUUAUCUGUGAGUUGUGUUCAGGAGCAGGAGAGGCUUCCCCAGAGACCUUUACAAAUGUAUACUAACAAAGACAAGUACCAGCAACUUUUGUUAAACCUGUACAGAUAAUGGCAGACAUAUUGGAAUACCCUGUGAUACUUUUUACUAAGUAACUCUUGAGUAUUUCACUGAAGCAUUUAGUUUGCUUUAUGCCUUUACGAUUUUGUGAAUAAAGAUAUAUUUAUAGUGAAAAAAGCCAACCUGCAGAAAUGCAUUUAUUAAAAUUAGAUAUUUAUUUUU